AUGUCCCUUCAUGAUAAAAAACGCUCAAUUGACCUCUUAAAUUGCCCAUCCAAGCCCGGCAAAAUGCCAAAAGAAGACAAGAAGGAGAAGAAAGAAGACGUAGAAAAAGAUGAGAAAGUCGAAGAAACAAAAAAGCCACGCGUUUACAAGAAACGUGCCAAAAAAUACCCAGUCGCCAAGCCCAAAAAAGCUAAAAACUCGUACAUUAAAUAUUGUCAAGAAAAGCGAGAAAGUGUAAAAGAAGACUUCCCGGAUCUCAAAGGUGCUGAGAUCACCAAGAAGCUUUCAGAGAUGUGGGGGAACCUUACUGAAGAUGAGAAAGAGGCUUACAAGCCAAAGAAAAAUGGUAAAAAGAAAGUUGAAGACAACGAAGAAAAAGAUGAAGAAAAAAAGUCAACAAAGAAGGAAACAAAGAAAGAGACAAAGUCCGAGAAAAAGACGCCGAAGAAGAAAGGAGGAAAAUAA